AUGGAUGUGCCCCAAGGAUGGACCGCGUUCGUGCAUCCAGAAGGUGCCCGUUAUUUUGUGAACCAGGAAACAAGAACAUUCACAGAAAUGAAUAUUUGUGAGCCAGAGAUAUACGAUGACAUCAAAUACUUCAUGCAAUAUUUGCUGGAACAACUCCAGCAGACCAUUGAGGAAUCGAACCUCGCGCUCGACAUGAAGCAGGUAGACCUUGUGAUUGAGCCCAAGGUCUUUGAUAGCGACUCUGUCGUCUGUUGCUAUUAUUUCGCCAAUCACCGCGACAGGUGCCUCUUUUGGUUGGAUAAAUUCCAUCCCGAAAAGAUUAUUUCGGAAUGUAAGGGCGUCCGGAGUCUCUCACAUAUAUGGCUUGCCAUUGAAGCACAAUACUGGAAACAUUGGGAUUACUUUCCUAGCUUGUGCCCGAUUACACAAAACAUUGUCGAUGAGCUUAGGGAUAUGUUGAUACAUGCGACAUGUGCAGACCACUUGACAUCGCUGCAGUCUUCUGCGGCAUUUGAUGCCAUUGAACUCAAGGAUCAUCUUUCUGUGGUUGAUAAAAUCAAGGGUGCCGCAUCAUGCAUAUAUUCGGUCAGUGCUCUCAUUUAUACAUCCAACUGUAAUUUACGAUCAUUUCAAGCUCAUAAUCACUUUGUGCAUUAUUACGGUGAAGACUGCGUGAGACUGAAUUUUGAACAAUCGGUCCACGGUUGGACAUAUAAACCAUCACCGUUGAUGGUCAUUUUCGCACCCCUCCUGUUCUUUGACCCUGUGGCUCAAGUUCAAGAACUGCACAAGAUUUUUGUCGACGAGGUUGCUUGCUCGGCACGAUGGAAUGAAUUCUGCUCGAAAUUCAAAGGGCAGCUUCAGGACUCCAACCUCUUGGCCACUGUCUUACUCAAUGCAAACGUUGGGUUCCUCGCCAUCAACAGUGUUGAUAGAGGCGGUAGAGAUGCCAUUCAGUUGGCAAGCUACAUGUCCUUGGUGACGAGCUUGGGGAGCAUGGUCCUCGGCCUGUCCUUUGUCUCAUAUGAUCGAACCUCUGGACAAAAUACAGCCACGGAAGCGGUCAAAUUUCUAGGAAGACUUCACGACAGAAAACACGGACUGGAAAAGUUGGCUAUAAUUUAUAGCCUCCCAAGAGCGUUGCUUAUGUGGGGCAUGGCAUUCUUCUUUGCGGCAUUCUCGAUCGAUUGGUGGACUUCUGGAGAUAUGACUUCCAGGACCGUUGUCGGGACUGUGACACUGGUCGUA